GGACUAAAAGGCACUUGAAUUGUUUUUUCUUUCAUCUUACAUCAGUUUAAAUUGGCUGACUGGUCUUUUUUUUUCAAGGAAACCGGUUCCAUAUGACCUCAGCUUGAGAAGUGUUUUUACGAAAAGUAAACAAACCCCGUAAGCGAAUGCGCUAACCUUGAACGCCUUCAAGCCAUCAGAUUUCGCUUUUUUGCUUGUUUAUAGGGAGGGUUUCUUUUUAUUUUAUUUCUACAAGGUUCCUUGUUACAUUUAGGUGAAAUAUAAGAAUCAAAAACAAGGCACCAUUCUGUUCGUUGAUUGACUAUUAUCGUUGUGUUGGCUACUUGGAAGCUCCUUUGACCGAAUUUUUUUAUUAUGGACCGAUGGUAUGAGCCUGACUUUAACCUUCGAUCCCUUCGGGUCGCAGAUCUAAAAAGGAUUUUGCAAAAUGCUAAUGUUGAAUAUCCUGUUUAUGGAAGAAAAGCGGACUACCUACAACUUGUUGAGCGGCUGCGUAAACGAAGGGCAGGCGGCAACUCGAUUUCUGUCAAAACUACUCCAAGUGAUUUUUCCAGCACUUCUUCUGCAAAUUCCAACCUCAACUCUGAUAAUAAAAAUGCACUUCCUAGUUCCCGUGCCAGUGCAUCCUCCCUAAAAUCCACGCAAGCAACCGGUACCAGUCGUAGCUCCUCAACCCAAUCCAAACCUUCUCUAUCGCGGUCUUCCUCGUCCUCCUCAUCUUCUCCUCCUACAGAAACAGAGGAAACUGCUCACCUGUCAUCAUUCCCUACUGGCUUCCAGUUUCCCCAUACCUCAAAAAACAAUACCUUUCAGUCUUCCGUAUUAGAAGGCAGCCCCAAUGUCGAGACUUCUAUAACCUUGACCAGUCCCCCACCAUUAUCAUCUACACCAAAGUUCCGGCCUCAUGCCUCACCCCGCGAUUCUUUUCCUAUAUCGUCUAUGGAUAGUUCUACCUUGCAAGGUUCACCUAGGGGUAUACGGAAACUCAAGCCCAUUUCUUCAAGUAGCCCGAGACAAACUCCAGGGAAGCCUAUAGUGAGCCCUCGUCGCCCUUUUCCAUCAUCAUCAAAUGGUUCCCUCUCUUAUCGGAAUCAACGUUCCCCCGUUAAGGAAACUCAGCCAAUUUCUAGGAAGCUCACAAAAGACAAUCCGCUCUCGUUUUUAGAUGAUGAUCUUGAUUCUUCUGAAGAAGAUGCUCUAUUUGAAGAUUAUGUACAUAAGCAAGACCAUUCUAACUAUACAAAGCGCUCAUUAUGCUCAAAGUUGGCUCGAAAAGCUUUCCGCCUUUAUUCGGUUAUGAGAGAUGCAUCUUCCUUGCCGAACUUUUUUCAUUCCCAGCAUCGUAUUCAUCCCCCGCAGGUAUUGACAAUUGUACUUGGUAUCUUCGUAGCGAUUUUCUUGACUUUAUGGAGAGAAGAGGUCUAUCGUGCUGGAUUUUGUGAUGUACCUUCUUCUGGGAAUUCAACAAUCCUUCAAAAAUUUGGACUUGGGGCUUCAUGUACUCCUUGUCCAUCCCACUCCAAAUGUUUGCCUAAUUUCGAACUUCAGUGUGAUUCAGGUUACAUUUUAAGCGAGCCUUGGUAUUCUAGGUUUGGCCUGUGGCCAAAAAAAAAAUGUGUUGGUGAUACAAAUAGGGAAGAAAGUGUAACAAUUUUCUAUGAAGAAUGUUUGGACGUUUUGCGAACAUGGAAUUCAAUUCUCCAAUGUGGUCGUUUGUCUGAUGAUCUUAUUGAAAAAAAUAAAACGCUUUCCAAAACAAAUCCGUACGUUUUCGAGGAAUUAAAAGGAUCUAAGAUGACACAUCAUCCUCUAUUUUCUAUAGCCUUAUUACGACAUACACUGUUGGAAAAGAAAUCCCCAAACCUCUCUUUAGGUGAUUUUAAUGAUUUAUUUAAAGCAGCUUUGUAUCAGCUUGCUAAUGCAGAAGAAAUUGAAAUAAAUGAAGAAAAUAUUGGUUCCCAUAGCUGGGCUAAUGUACCUUUAAGAUGCCGACUUCGACGACAGGUUUAUCGAACAAUUUGGAAGUAUAAAUUUACUCUUCUUCUUUUUAUCCUAGUCACCAUCUGUCUUUAUAAGGCUUAUACUUAUUUUUACUUACGCAAAAAAGUUCAGAAGUAUUUACCUUUUGCUUCACGUUUCUGUAUCGAUUCCUUAAAGCGACAAAAGGCUUUAUAUCAAAGUUCACGUACUUCCCAGCCUGUUGUUCCGCUAAUUGAGAUGCAUGAUUUAUUGCUUCAUUCACAUGGUGUAUUAGAGCAGUCAGAUCUCACUGAAAAAGAAGGUCAAUUGUUAUGGGAUUCAGUCGUCAAAAAAGUUGAACAAGUGGGAAGUAUACGGACCCGCGAAGCUGAAGUAGAUGGAGAAUGGACCCGUGUUUGGGAGUGGGUGGGUACGAAUCCUCUCGAUCCUUUACCUUCGCAGUAAUCUAUUCGCAUAUUUACUUUAAUUGACGAACAUGUAAAUUAUAAACUUUAAAGAUAACAAUGGAAAGAAUGUCUUUUGAUAUAUUGUUGAAAUCUUGAUGCUACAUGAAUUCUUAAUGCAAUGGAUGGAAAGGAAAUUUAGCAACGUGUACUCCUUUUAAGUUUACGUAACGGGCAUUAUAUGCGAAUCGUGUAAGUAAUUUCUUUUAGUGCCAUAAACAGUAGGCAUGAUCUAUAAUACAUCUAAACUUUUUGAUCGCAGUCUGCCUAAAAAGUAUACGCAUCUGAUUUUUAAUUCGCCAUUGGUAUCCCAAAUUUUAUUAAACUUAUUUAGAUUGACAUUAUUACGUUAAAUAGACACUGACCGGUAAAUUAAAACUCCACACAACUGUUUCUUGUAAACCAAGAUGUCAUUUGAAAAGAUUCGGUUCCUGAGGUCAUUUUAAUUAUAACGACGAUACGAGAGGAAAAUCGGUCA